GUGGGAGGUGUGUGAGAUCAGAUUGGAAUGGGCCGGUCCCUGGGCUUUCACUGGCUCCAGGGAACCUGUCACUGUUGACUGUGGGUAACAGACCCUCCUCCACCAGCUGAAGCCAUAUAAAAAAACAGCCUUUGGAGGCACACUCCCAGCCGCCCAUUGCGACCAUGAAGGCAAUCCUCUUCUUCCUGUUGGCCACCUGCUUGGCUCUGCAGCCAGGUGCCGGCCUGCAGUGCUAUUCAUGCACAGCGCAAGUGAGCAACAGAGACUGCCUGAACGUGCAGAACUGCAGCCAGGGCCAGAACAGUUGUUGGACAUCACGUGUCCGGGCCAUUGGACUCGUGACAGUUAUCAGUAAGGGCUGCAGCUCAAACUGCGAGGACGACUCGGAGAACUACUACGUGGGCAAGAAGAACGUCACGUGCUGCUCCACCGACCUGUGCAACGUCAGUGGGGCCCACACCCUGCAGCCGGCCAGCACCCUGGGGCUGCUCACUGUGCUCUGCAGCCUGUUGCUGUGGGGUUCCAGCCAUCUAUAGGCUCUAGGAGAGUCCUACUACAGCCUCUACUGUGCAGGGAUGCCUCCCCCCACACCCCCACUCCUAGCAUCCACACAAGGGCCGGCCUUCAUCCUGCCUCUCCUGGUGCGCCCUCCUCCUCUCUGCUGCUUCAAUUUCUACAGCUGGCGCUUUGCCCCCCCCCCGUCCCUACCCCCCCCAUCAGCACUGUGCCCCCCCAGUUCUGCUCUGGCGCUUCUGCUGCAGGACUCCCUCGCCACCCUGCUCUCCAGGAGCUGAGACCGUCUGCACAGCCGCAAUUGGGAAGGGUCUGGUGAAGGCUGAGAUGAGAUGGAUUGGGCAGAAAUGAAGCUGGGAGGUGGGCGUGAGGUACUGGGAGUCCUAGGAGAUGUGGUGUGGGGGUGGUGGAGGACCUGCCUCAUGUUUAUAGAGCCUCGGAACACAGUAGGCCUGUAAUAAAUACCUGUUGGGUAAGUUGGA